GUGUUUGCGGAUGACUGUGUCAUACGCUUUUCGUUGCCUUUUUCUUGAUUGUUGGCCAUCUUUGAAAGUUGCGUAGCUUUAGGGAGGACUUGUGCGUAUUGUGAUAAUUCGCGACGUGGUGAUAAAUGUUCCGUUUCCGACUGUGAUUGUGUACAUAUUAGUGUAAUCAUUUGCAGAAAAUGGGUCGCAAGAAGAAGAAGCUGUCGAAACCGUGGUGCUGGUACUGUAACCGGGAAUUUGAGGAUGAAAAAAUCCUUAUACAGCAUCAGAAAGCCAAGCACUUUAAAUGCCACAUAUGUCACAAGAAGUUGUACACAGGCCCCGGCCUGUCUAUACAUUGCAUGCAAGUGCACAAGGAAACCAUAGACAAAGUUCCCAACUCGUUACCAAACCGCUCCAAUGUAGAUAUUGAAAUAUAUGGCAUGGAAGGCAUACCUCCACUAGACCUCAGAGAGCACGAGAGGCAGAAGCAAGGCACUCGUAGUGUCGGCAACGAUUCGGGAUCCGACGACGACGAGCCCGCUAGCAAAAAAUUAAAACCAGAAGGAUUGCUGGGUACAGCUCCGAGCAUGGUACCCGGGAUGAUGCCGGGGAUAAUGCCUCCCCCUGGUAUGCCUCCCGGUAUGCCCCCAAUGAUGUCCAUGGCUCCUAUGGGGUCACCGUUUAUGCAUCCAGGCAUGGCACACAUGAUGCCGCCCCAUUUGGCCAUGAUGCAGGGUCAAGCGGGCCCGCCGAAGCCCCUAUUUCCCAGUGCCGUGCCCUCGUCGUCCCCCGGUGCAGCGGUAGUUGGGGCCGAUUUUAAGCCCAUUUCAGCUGCGGCCACCAUAAGCGCGCCGCCGACCACGCACCCGACGAGCAGUAUUCCGGUGACCGAUUCCGCGAAGGUCAACACGAUCGCCGCUACCGGCGGUUCCAGCAGGAUAAUCCACCCGCCAGAGGAUAUUUCCCUGGAGGAAAUAAGGACGAGACAUCCGAGGUACGCGAGACACGUGCGCGGCAAGUCGGAGGAUAGGGCGUCGAGUUCGGGCGCGUCAGCGUCGGAGGUGCAGCAGGCAAACAACUCGUUGCAGUUGGCCAUAGCGGUGUCGGCGGCGCAGCAAGUCGCUCACCAGAUGGCGCAGGCGAAGGCGCACGAGGUGCAGGCCGCGCACAACCAGCAGCUGGCGAUGAUGCGCGCUGCCGCCGGAGGCUUUCCGGUGCGGGUGUCGGGCCCGCCGCUCGCCAUGAUGGCGGGGGGGCCCGUGAUGGCGCCCGUGGGCGUGUUGCGGGGUCCGCCCCUCAUCGGGGGACCGUUGAUGCGACCGCCUCCGAUCUCGAUGCCGCCAGGUAUGAUCGGGAUGCCACCCGGAAUGAUGUACGGCGCCCACGUCUUCCCCGCCGGACCGAUGAUCAUGCAGCCCCGUUUCAGAUGAUCUCCAUUGAUGAUCCUGUACCACCCGCAAGUCUAAUUUAAGUCCCAUAAACACACACGUACCUAUUUUAGUCUCGGCACCGCGCGGGGGCGGUUGGCCCGCCGACGUCGACCGCCCCCGCGUCCCCGAGACCGCCGCCCGUGCGCAACAGCACCCCCGUUAUUUUUUUUCUUUCGACAGGUUUACGAUUGUAACACGCGCGAGACCGAAAGCUUCCCCAGCUCGGUACGUAAUUCUAUUUUUUUUUUGUAUUCCGUGACACAGCCGGGGCGAUAUAUACACCCAUUUGGUGGAAGGUUGGUCGAUUUUUAUUUCCUUUAUUUUAUUUUAUUUUAUUUUUUUCAUUUUUGCCCAUCCCCCGCAGCGCGUGCGAAAAUCGAGGGGGGUGGGGCGGGCGCGGGUUUCAGUAAUCGGGGCUGAGUUUGGCCGCCCUUUUCCCCCCGCCGCUGUUGCAUUUUUUUUUAGAUUUAAAGCAAGGUAAGCAAGCGAAGCGUCGGUUCAUUUUUUUUUUGUUGUCGGCAUAUCGAUAAAGGCAACAAUGGCCCAGUCGUCUUGAGAAGAAAGAAACUGCUGAAAAUGUUUUUUUGUAGGAUUAAAAAACACAAAAAAUAGAAAAAUAAGUUUAGGAGAAAAAAAAUAUUUUUUGCUAUUUUUUUAGAGGACGUUUUCUCCUUUUUAAAGAGUGGCAAAAUGAGGGUCUCUGCAGAAAUGUAUUUCUUAUUAUUAUAUUUAGAAAGUUUAAAUAAAAAAUGAUGUUUAUACCUGGAACGUAUGGUGUUUUUGGAAAACGUUCAAAGCUAGUUUGAUUUUUAAAAUUAGAGGAAGAAGAAGAUUUCUAAAAAAAUUAUGAAUGUUUGGGAAAAAUUGUGGGCAUUAAAAUCUUGAAUGUGUUUCAAAAACUUACGAGCGAUAUCAGUUGAGCCUGUUAAAGGUAAUAUCAAUUCCAAUUAAUUUAAAUCUUCAUUACUACUAUCACUAUCAUUUGGUGUGAAGCAAGGGCUAGGAAUCAAAUUAUUACCACAGUGUAACCUCUCAAUAGUGAACAACCACAGUGAAUCCGGUAGCGUCCCCUAAUUUACAUUAAGAUUGAAGUAAAAAUGAUAUUUUUUAUUGACAUGCAGAAGAAGAUCCAAAAUCAAUCACUUAUAACGUUCUAAAUUUGAUUUUGCAUAAGAAGUUUUAAUUACAGUCAUUUUUUUUUAUUUUCCGAAUAUUUUUUUUUAUUAAAAUAUAUUGUCAACAUAGUGAUUUAAUUUUUAUUUUGCGUUCAUCAAUGGUUUGAAAACUUAAAAUAUGAUAAUUACUUAUUGCGUUCUUAGUUUGAUUUCGAAAUAUAUUUUUUAAUUUUACAAUAUUUUAGAAGAAUAUUUUGUUUUGUAUUUAUCACCACUCUGAAUACCAAUUAAUUAUUCAGUACAACCUCUCAAUAGUGGACAACCAUGGUGAAUUCUGUAAAAUAUAUUUCAUUUAAAAUUUAAUAAUUAAUUUUAGUAAAAAACGUAAAAUUUUUCAUUUUAAUUUUUAGAAUAUUUGAUAUGUUAUGAUAAAUUGAUUCAAUACAUAUUGAUUUAUUUUUUGUUUUGUGUCCAUCAACGCUCCGAAUAGUGAACUAUGUAAAUAUGAUAAUUUUAUUAAAUAACGUAUAAUUUUUCAUUUUUAGAAUAUUUGAUUGAUAUGUUAUGAUAAAUUGAUCCAACACAUAUGGAUUUAUUUUUUGUUUUUUGUCCAUGAACCAUAGUGAAUUCUGUAAAAUAUGUUUUAUUUAAAAUGUAAAAUAUGAGAAAUAAUUUUCUUAAAACACGUAUAAUUUUUCAUUUUUAGAGUAUUUGAUAGAUAUGUUAUUGAUAAAUUGAUUCAAACAUGUUGGUUUUUUUUUGUUUUGUGCCCAUCAACGCUCUGAAUACCAAUUAUUGCUGUACAAUCUCCCAAUAAUGGACAAACAGGCAUUCAUGCAGUGUCCGCUAUAUGGAGAUUCGGGAUAUUUAGAAGUGUGGAAAAUAUAUAAAAGAAAAAAGUUAUUUCUAUUAUAAGACACGCGAAAAUCCAAAACCAAAACGUGUUAGUUUUAAUUUUUAAAGAUCUUUUUUUUUAAAGAUUCACUACUAAAUAAAUAUUCGAUAUGCCGACAAUAAAAUAAAAGCGCACGUAAAUUUUGACCGCCGCCGCGUAACAAAAAAAAAGGAUAUAUAAUAAACUGUAGGUAUCUAACUAGCUGAAUGCGACAAAAACAAUGGCGGAACGCCCGUCCGAAAUUGUACAUUUCGAUAAAGUCUUCAGGUAGGUCCUAAGCCGAACUGACUUGUAUCUAACCUGUAAUCGAGAUUAGUCCUAGUAGUGAUAAAAAUUAAAAAACGAAAACAAUGUUUAGACACGCCGUCGCGACCGAAGGUAAUCCCUUUUUUUAUUUUACUUUUUCUGCGAUAGAAACGGUGUAUGGUUUUAUUUUUUUUUCGCGGACGGGUGUCCGGACCCGCCCCUAGGGCGGCGCGAUCCGCUGCCGCCUCGUCGGGAUGUCCGCCGGACGCUCGUCCUGCCGUUCAGGGACUGGUAGACACGUAACCUCCGUAGCAGGCGAUACCCGUCACAGCCUGCACACGGCUGUUGGAUUGGGGCAACCCCCUGUACGUUAAACGCGGCGAUACCGACGGCGCUUCUCCCGCCCUCCCAUCGUCCGGUGUCGCCGCGCGUAGCGCACAGGUGAUUUUGCGGUCGCAGCGUUGCUGUUGGGUCCUCAGUCCCCUGCUGUUGCUUGACGAGACGCAGGCGAUUGCGAUCGGCUCGAGUGGGUCGGUCUCGAUCACAGGCCCGCCCAUCGAGGCGCCUGUUGGCGGGGGUGUCACAUGGCCGAGCCCGAAAACGCCUGGCAGGCGAGUGCAAUAAUACUUUACGUGGCGUUUAUACUUCAGGACGACGGGCCGUAGGCGAUUGAUCGAUCGAGAGGCAACAGUAAGCGUAAGAAAGUAGGGGGUCCAUUUUUGGUGACCUUGCGUUAGUCACGAUCGCGUCGUUAUACGCCGAGAGAAAUUUGUUCGCCAACUGAUGAACAGGUUCAUAGACUAGGAUCAAUUUCUUUUAAAGAAAGUGACGCUUUUUUUAUUAUUAGGAAUUGGAAUUAAUUCGUCGCGGUUUUUUUUCAAUUUAAAACAAUAUUUAUUAAAAAUGAAUAUUGAAAUAUUGUCACUUUUCCCGCUGCUGGUCUUUAGGUGCGAUCCACGAAUCUUCAUAACCAGUGAGCCGUAUGAGCCAUAGAUCUGAACAAAUGGUGCAGCAUCUGGAAAGUACGGCGGGUGAGGUAGGGCGUCUCAUUGAAGCGUUUCAAGCUCGGGCGCAUGAAUUGGAGUCGUGCUCCUGUAAUCGUUUUAUUUGGUUUUAAAGCUCGUAAUCAAUCACACCCAGUUGAUCCCACCAAAUGCAUAGCAGGAGCUUAGAUUCGUGGAUUUUCGUCGCCACUGGUGUCCACCAGGCUUUACCCAGGACUUUCUUUGCUUAGGAUUGUCGUAAUAAAUCCAGCUUUCCUCUCUCGUGACGAUCCGAUGCAAAAAUCCUUUUCUUUUUUCCACUGGAAGCAGUAAAUCAUAAAUCAAAAAUCGCCUUUCGAUAUCUCUCGGCUUUAAUUCAUUUUGGACCCUCCUUACCAAUUUCUAGUGAAGUUGACAAUUCUUGAAAAGAGUCUGACGUGAAUUCUUCAUUAAACAAUUUUUCUUAUUCUUCAUUUUCGAAUUUUUUGGGCUAUGUCGCUCUUAUAAAACGUGGAAACCAUUUUCUACACGUUUGCUCCGCUAGUGCAUGUUCUUCAUAAACAUCUACCAAAUUACGAUGACUUUAUUAUGACACUUUAUUUGGCAGAAACUGCGACAUAUUAAAAACAUCACAAAUUGUUGUUGGUUUUGUUUUGAUAUAACAAAUGAUAUGUGGUAAAGAAAAUGACGUCAAAUAACAGCCGUACUAUACCACUAGCGCCAUCUAUUACCAAAACCCCGCGAAUUAAUUCCACAACACCGCAAUAUUUUAUUUGAUUAUUUUAAUAUAGCGAAAAUGAAUUUUAAUGAAAAUUAUCCAUUAUUCGAAAGUUUUAAAUGAAAAUGCUCAAAGAGAAAAACUCAUUAUUUUGUUUUUAUUAAACCGAUUUGAAGAUAAAAAAUCACAGAACGCAAAGGGUUGCAAUUUUUUUUAGUGCUUUAUAAGUGUCAUCAUUUUUAUGCUUCGUGCAAUAGAUACGCAUUAUUAUACUGAAAAAUAAUACUUGACAGUUUGUGUCACGUUCUAGAGGAUAACACCCAAGCAUUUUUUAAACGUUAUUCCCCGCUUGCAUCGAUUUUUAUGAGAAUAUUUCUUUCUUUAGGUAACUUCGUUACUGAACGUUGGCGACAAUGGCAACAAACUCUCUACUUGUCUUAUAUUGUUAAGCCAUCAACAUUUUUGGAUAUUUUACUAUAUUAAGAUAUUAUAAAUAAACAAUAUUACUAUAAAUCAAAUUUAACGAAAAACAUACUAAAAACAGGAUGUACUUUUCGAUAUCAAUGCCAGUCUGAAAAUAACACCUGCGAUAAGCACCCUAUGUUUUCGGUUUACUUGAAAAUAACAUAAAAGAUCACAAUAAAAAAACAAAAAAUCAGCACACUAUAAAUAUGAGCUACUGUUUACAAAUCUUUCGGAUUCAUCCCACGUCGCUUGUUAAUAAAUUAUAUUUUCUGCCUUUUAGUCAGUCAGAUAAUUGACGAAGCGUCAGCAAGUUUGGUUAAUAAACAAUCGACGUAGAACGAAUCCAGAAGAUAAACAAUCGAACGGGUACGAGCUUUUUGACAUUUAUACCAAGGACAUCCGACCGUGCGCAUGGAAAAAUACGUUGCCUCUGUUGCCUCUCUUUAGAUCAGACCGCUCUGUCUAUGUCUGGUACUGUUUAGAGCGCGAAAUGUUUCCGACGUUUGGGCACGGAAUAGACAAACAACCCCAAGGAUAACUCUCAGUUUGCGCAUUACACUAACGUCAAAAUGUUGAGUCUGCCAUAAUUUACAAAAAUUUUAAUACGGCUCGGCGUUAUAUUUGUAUUAAAUGGCGAUUUUCCAGGAAGCCAAAGUCUUCUGUUUGUCUAUUUAUUCUGUGUGUGUAUUUGUCAACUACGCGAUUACUACUUUGCAGGUAUUAGAACUGGAAUUGAAACGACCAGUUGUGAUAUUUCAGUGAAAAUAAUAAUGUAAUCGAUAUUUUUUUUAAAUACACACACAUUUUAAAUGUUACACUCCUCAAAUAAUAAAUUUGAUGGAAACUCAUUGCUGCAAUUUUUAUUUGUAGGUUUUAUUUUGGUUUUCAUUAAAUUUUUGUUAACCAGUGGUUCCAUUUUAAAUUCUAACAUUUGCAAUGAUUAAAUAUCACACAAACUUUGACAGAUGUAGGAAAAAAUGGCCGUCCUGAGUCACAUUAGUAUAACGGAAGAGUUAAGUGCGAAUUAGCGUUUCCGAGACUUUUUUUCCGGGUUUUUGUUUGUUGGGGAAAUUUUAAAGCAAAACAUAGGAGAGGUGCCGCCGCCCAGUAGUAUAAACGCGACCUUACGGGAGCGGGGCCCCAGUUACCGGUCGGUUUGUUCGAUCGGCGCGGUCUUUGUGAAUAUAGCAAGGAGUUCGUUUCGGGUUGACAUGUGACCUUUUGCCCCUGUAUAUACACUGCUAUUAAAUGUAUUUAUAUUUAUGUUUAAAGCAAACUAAGUAGGUAUUAAGUGCAUUGUUUUGUUCCGCCAAUAAAAGUUUGUUUAGAAAAGGCAGCACGCGGGAGU